AUGAAGUCCUCUUCUGAAGGUGAAAUACUUGAUCGUGAAGAAACACAGUUAAUAAACGAUUCUGCAGAUUAUGGUAGGCCUAACCGUUAUCCAGAAUCUAAGUUGAAACGUACUUUUACACUGCCGCGGAAUCCUUUUGUGUCGUCGAGAAUGAGUAAACGUAAGGCGAAACAUAAAGAAGGUAAAGAUGUGAAGGGAUCGAGUAUUCAAACAAUUAGUGAAGUGCAAAAUUCAGAAACCCAAAAAUCUAACAAGAAAGUGUUCAGAAGACCCUCUUGGAAGAAGUUCAUCAAUAAAAUGGUCCAACACAUGUCUACAGUUGGUGUGCCCAAUAAUAAGUUUAACUAUGGUAGUUAUGAGUAUGGUAGGCGUAGGACAGAAACAGUGUCUUUAUCCUCAUCAGACAUUAGGGUGCCUCCUACACGCCCCGCCCACCUUGUUAAUUUGGGAAAUAGUGAUAAAGUUCCAGGUGUGAUUGGUUUACGUAAUCAUGGCAACACUUGCUUUAUCAAUGCUGUUCUACAGUGCCUAAGCCACACAGACAUUCUGGCAGAAUAUUUUGUAUUAGACCAAUAUAAAGUAGAUCUGUCCAGGCGUAACAAGUUAAAUUCUAAAAAGCAUGGUACGAAAGGUGAGGUUACUGAGCAACUGGCUCUUCUCCUCAAGUCAAUUUGGUCCUGCCAAUAUGAUCCCGAGAUCUCCAAUCAGUUCAAAAUAGUUGUUGACAAGUAUGGAAGUCAAUACCGAGGGAACAAUCAACAUGAUGCUCAGGAAUUUCUUUUGUGGCUGCUGGAUAAGGUUCAUGAAGAUCUCAACACAGCAACAAAGAAGAAGUAUAAGAGCAUUAAGCGAUAG